GACGUGGCGCUGCUUCUCCUCUGCAUGAGGCUUGUCGCCUCGACACCUUCCGAGCCGUCAGGCAACGGCACCCGCACCGACACUCAUCUUGCAACAAAGCAAGGGUUUUUGAGUUUAGAGAUGGCAGGUGUCAUGUCUGUUGAAUGCCCGGAAGCUGGUCUGCUCAUCUCUCUCUAUGAGAUUAACCAUGCCAUCUACCCAUCCGCAUUUCUGUCCGUGGGCGCUUGUACACGCUACGGCCAGGCCAUGGGUUUUGGAGGACCAAACGCCUUGAAGCUGCGUCGUCCAUAUAAUCGCAGCGAACUUGAAGAGAGUAGGCGACUAUGGUGGGCUGUUGUUCUCUUAGGUAUAUAUCCUUUU